UUUUGUGUGUCAUUUUCUUUGCGUUGCUGCGCAUGUAAUGUGAGCGCGAAGUUGGAGGAAUAGCGGCACUCGUUUGAUGUGCUUACCGUAAGUGUCGCGUAUUAAUUGGCAAAAUGGACUACGCAAAUGGAGCCAUUGUCAGAAUCAAGUUGGAGAAUUUUAUGACAUACACUUAUGUGGAGGUUCUGCCAGGCCCCAACCUGAAUGUCAUAGUGGGCACCAAUGGUUCGGGCAAGUCGUCCCUUGUGUGUGCCAUCUGCCUCGGCCUAUGCGGCACACCCUACACUGUUGGACGAGCCUCCAAUGUCUCCGACUACAUCAGGCAUGGCGCUGACGCUGCUGUCAUCGAGAUUGAGCUGUCUAACACAUCAGGCCGCAGCAUUGUCAUUGAGAGAAGAAUCACUGGCAGCAAAAGCAUAUGGAAAGUGAAUGGUGUUGUGACGCCUCAGAAAUCUGUGGAGGCCAUAGUCGCAAAAAUGAACAUCCAAGUAAGCAACUUGUGCCAGUUUUUGCCCCAGGACCGGGUGGCGGACUUCGUGCGCAUGUCACGCCAAGAACUGCUUGAAGGCACCGAGCGUGCCGUUGGCAUCUCCAAUCUGUUCGAGUUGCAUCAGCGGCUCAAGGAGCUCCAGCAAAAGCGGAGCACACUGGAGACUGCGCUGCAGGGCCAACAGACGCGACUGGAGCAAGAGCGUCAGAAGGUGUCGCACCUGGACGCCGAAGUGAAGAAGUUCCAAGAGCACAAGGAAGUGCAGCAUCGCAUUGAGCGUAUGCGCCAGAAGUUGGCUUGGAUGGAAUACGAAGGUGCAAGGCACGUCUUUUUGGAGGAGAAGAAGCGGCUGCGAGAUGAAGAGGACAAGCUGAAGUUGAAGGAGAAGGAGCAAGCACCACUCCAGAGCAUGGUGGAUAAAUUGUCCAAGUGGCAGUCUGAUAUUGCUGCAACUGACAAGCGACUGAAAGGAGAGGUCACUACUGCUACUAAAGGCUUGGAUGCUGCCCUGCAGAAUCUCACUGAACUUGCAGAGAAGUUCUUGUCAGUCAAGCAUCAGCUUAGGAGAAAGAUUCAAGAAGAGGAAGGGAGGAGUGAAAGGAUCAAGAAGUAUGUUGACGAAGUUGCUGGAAUUGAGCGAGAAGUUGCUGAAUCAUCAAGAGAAGAUGUAGAGGAAAAGAUUAAAGAACUGCAAGGGGAAAUACAGGCAUGCAACCAAGAGAUCAGCAGCGUCAGCAAUGAGAGGGCUACGGCAGAGAACUUUAUCAGGGACAAGCAGCGUGAAAGCAAUGCGGUUGUGCAGGAGAUAAAGCGCAUCAAGGACCUGUCGAACCAGAGGCUGGAGCUCCUAAGGCGACGAAGCCGAGACGCCUAUGAAGCGACUAUGUGGCUGCAGCAGAACGAGGGGCGCUUUAAAGGGAAAAUUUAUCCGCCUAUUAUGACUCAGAUUGACUUGCUGAACUCUGGUGAUGCCAAGUACGUUGAGGCACAGAUUCCAGCGAAAGACCUGCUGGCGUUCGUGGCAGAAUACGCAGAAGACCUCAACACAUUUCUGGGAACCAUUAGAGAUACUCGGAAUCUCCGAAUCAAUGGAGUUGUUGUUCCAUUAGAGAGCUUGGAGUCCUUCAAGCCACGCAGGCCACUUGCCGAGAUCAGGCGGUAUGGCUUCCGGGCGUACAUCCAGUCUCUGUUCUCUGCCCCUGAUGGAGUGAUGCGCUACCUGUGCAAGCGAUACCGAGUGCAUGACAUCCCUGUCGGUGAUGCACACACUGAGGACUGCCUGGCUGAAGUGCGCCAACUGGGGAUCCGGCGGUUCUAUACCAAGGACAACCUGUACACCGUCAAAGUGUCGCAGUAUGAUCCCUCACGGACUACGACUAUGUCCUCGGAGCUGUCUGCACCCCGCUUGUUGACGAUGUCUGUGGAUGUCACCAACUUGAACAAGCUGGAAAAAGACAAGCAGGCUCUUGCUGAGGAGAUUGCUGCAAGAUCAGCUGAAGUCAAGAAACUGCACACAAAGGAUAGGACCCUACAGCAACAACUUGAAGAGCUCAGAAUGGCAAAGAAGCGGCUUAUUGGCGAGCUGUCGCACAUUAAACAGCUCAGUGUUGUGCUUGAGCAGAAACGCAAUGCCCUCCAGCGACUCCAAAGUGAAGCCAUCGACCUGGACACGGAGCGUCAGAAGGCUGCCAGUGAGCAGCGAAAAAUCUGUGCCUGCAGAGUUGAAGAAGCGAAGAACUACAUAAAAAAACUAGAGGCCUGCUACAAGAAGCACCGUCUGUUUGCUGAGCAUCGCCUGGACAUGGUAAAGGCUGUGACUGACAAGAAGAAUGCUGAGGAAAAGCUCAGGGCGGCCCAGAAUGAGUACCACUCUGUGGAGAAUGUGGUGAAGAGCAUGCGGGAGAAGCUGCUGCAGCUGAAGCGGGAGGCCCAGAAGAAGCUGCACGAAGCCCAGGAAGCCACCAAGUGCCCAUCCAGCACGUUCACCAUCCCACCAGACGUGGCCAAGGAAUUCCAAACACUUCCAUCCACGGCCGAGGAGAUCGCCAAGAAGUUGCACGCAGAAGAAGUGAAGCUGAGCUGCAUGCUUCCUGUGGAUGUCUCAGUUGAGCGAGAGUACCACCAGCGGAAGCGGGACAUCAGCCAACUGGAGACGGACGUUGGCGAAAACGAGACUCAGCUGUCGCAACUGGAGGCUGAGAUGGAGGACACUCGGGGUCGCUGGCUGCCAAACAUUGAGCAACUGCUGCAGAGGAUAAACAUCGGCUUUGGCCGUUUCUUCCGUGCCCUGGGAUGUGCAGGAGAUGUGUCCCUCUACCAGGGUGAGCAGGCACACCAGUAUGAUCAGUUUGGUGUCAACAUCCGGGUGAAGUUCAGAGACCAGGAGGCCUUGGCUGAGCUGUCUGCAGCGCACCAGAGCGGCGGGGAGCGGUCAGUGGCCACAGUGCUCUACAUGAUGGCUCUCCAGGAGCUGACGAGCGUGCCCUUCCGCUGCGUUGAUGAGAUCAAUCAGGGAAUGGAUUCGGAAAACGAGCGCAGAGUCUUUGAAAUGAUAAUGAACACUGCACGACAGAACUCUGCCCAGUACUUCUUACUCACUCCUAAGCUGCUUCCGGACCUCCCCUAUGCUGAGAAUGUGACCAUGAUAUUCAUCAGCAAGUGCACCAUCCACAUGCCUGACUGGGAUCCCGACUCACUUGUUGGUCGUGGCACCGGCUUUGCUGCCCGCGUCCGACACAGUGCAUAACAUGUCAGGUCUUCGUGCUGUGUAGCUGUACAGUUGAACUGCCAAGAUGCAGCUUCCGUAUGUUGCAUAUCGUACUCUGCCUUAUUAAAGAUGUAGUAUUUUAAGA